CGGACGGACAAUGAAUUGAUUACCACGAAGGGGAAGCGGCGCCCUGGUCUCGCAGAGGCUCGGUUGGCCACAGUCGCCAUAAAGGGUUUUGCCAUUGCAUCGCCUUCGACAUGGGUGGCACCUUUGGCCAUCACUGCAACCCCUCGUCAUUGAGACACGCCGCGACAGCCUCGUCACUAUUGAUGGCUUGUACAGUCUUAAGAGAGAUAGCCUUCUGGAGGUAAAUCGGCUAGAACGCGUGGGGGGGAGUACAUGUAGCUCAGAAAUUCCAACAUCUCGUUGUCAUGCUUCUGGACGACGCGGUGCAGGCACCCCGUCAGGCCAGUUAUCGCUCCCACGAGGGUCCUCGAGUCCAUUGUCGGGACCUUUUGAUGGCUCCAAGAACCAUCGGUCCCACAUGGCUCGGGCGUGGUUGUUCCAAAUAAAGUCCACCAAUGCGUCAUACAAUGCUGCCCAAAGUGGAUCGCCGCGCAAACCCACGGGGGCGAACGAUUGUUAAUGCUGGUACCGCCCCCACGGCGUUUGAGCCACCAACGCCUCGUACGCAGCCGCGACGUUUGCACUCAGUCAAGAGGGGUUCCGGCGGCAUGGGCAGUUCACGAGGAGCGGAGCGGCCUUUCUUGGUCGUGCCUGGACUCAAGCCGUCCGUCGGCUGCUUGGUGGAACCCGACUGGACGGAGGGCGCGGCUGCAGUGGCACCGACAGCGACGUUAGGUUUACCGGAAAUGGUUGGAAGUACUUCGGUGACACGCUCGGUAGUCCACCCCAUAGUCGCGGGGGAGGAGCUGCGUUGGAGGGGACUACGGCCACAUGAUCCGAAUGGCAAUCGAAGAGGUUCCGAUCGUCUGCCACCCACGUGGCGACAUUUAUUGCUACCUGUAUAACUUUAAUUAGCUAUCUAGUGCGAGGAA